AUGUCUGCUCUGCAUCUCAUCCCUCAAGAGCCGCCAAGUCCUCCGUUUUCUGUAGUCCCAUUGACAAGCCUGCUCGGAUGGGAAGACUCGGACUCAAACGGUUUGGAGGACCCAGAAGACUCUGUCUCUGAUCUAAACCAACAUUCAGCUAAUGCGGACGAGUCGAACCAACUACCAGCGGAUCCGUCUCCCAUCGCUCAGCUGCCAAGCGAGACCCUCAUCACCAUAUUCCUCGAGAGUGUUGCCCACGAUACUCCUUCUUCGUCAAAUCUAGGUUGGGUCCAAAUAACUCAUGUCUGUCGAUUCUGGAGGGACCUCGCUCUUCACUCCCCACUGCUAUGGACCAAUAUACCUCUUCGCCUAGGCCGAGAAUGCAUGGAAGAAUUCAUUCGCCGCUCGAACUCGGCUCCACUCAAACUCUACCACGCACCAGGCCCAAACGUCCUGCCACUCUCAGAAGUGCCGAUCGAGAGCAUACGACAUCGCGUUUACAGCAUCAGCAUUGGCUAUACGACGAAUGCACAGGAGAGAGCCCACAAGUUUAUUGACGACCUUCUCCAAUCAGCACCGAGUCUGGAAGAAAUUCGUAUUGCCGGUAUGAGGGAACCAGGCAGUGGAUUUGGAAUCGUGAUUGACAGCACCCUAGGAUUCGAUUCUCCCCGCCACUUUUUCACUCGGUCUGUCCCGCUUCUUCGCAAGCUGUCUCUGCACAGUAUAUCACCAAUCCCUUGGAGCGCAUUUCCCUUCCAUAACCUCACCCGACUGGAGAUUUCUUCACAACUCUGGGAUCUUCCGAGAGAUGGUACCGAGGAUCACACGAUUAUAUCCUCUCUCCUCGAUCUGCUCAAGACAACGCCAGAUCUCGAGACGCUAGAGUUGUGCAAUUCCCUACCUAACAAUAGGAAGAAAAACAGUCAGAUCAUUCCCCUUUCUCCAUUUGUCGUCUCAUUGGUUCGUUUGUCCACGAUAAUCGUUCGCGGAGGUCAGGCGUCUAUUAUCGGACGGUUACUCCAGAGCCUUCGCCUACCGUCUUUCACCAACGGUCAUUUCGAAUGCGCGUACUCCGGACGUCGAGACUUUCACGUCAUACUCGAGGCACUCAGGAUGUUACUGCCGAUUUGCUUCGCCAGGCUUACACCCGCGACACAUAAUCCGAAGUCCCAGAACCUUGGUAUGAUUUACGAGCUGGAGUCGGGUUCGUCGGCCUCCAAUGAGCGUUCUACUACAUCAGUUCAAUUGAUCACCCGCGGGCAUAAGGAUCUCCUCUCCGACGCGUGUCUCGAGCUGCUCCAGGAUGUACGGCAUCUACGUCUCGAUAACAUCUCCUGGAAAAGCUCGAAGAGGUGGCAAAACGCCUUCGCCCCGUUGAAGCAAGUGGAAGAAGUCACCUUUGUGUCGCGCGAAGGGGAUUAUUUCCUCAGAGCGUUGGAGCCCAUCUCUUCCGCGACAGAUGGUUGGGAGGACAAGCCAUUAUUCCCAGAGUUGCGUAGAUUGCACUUAGUAGGAGCGUCACUCGAUGUCAAGGUAUACAAUCUUUUCCGGCGUCGCCUUCGUUUAGGACCGUCUUUCCAGCAUGUCGUAAUGGACAACUGUACGGUCUCGGAGAAUGUGGUGAAAUGGUUCGGGGAGUUGGGGCUAGAUGUGGUGUGGGACGGUGUGACCACGUCGGUUGAUCAGGGGCAGGUGGAAGACGACGAAAUUGAGGACGACAAUGGUGUUGAGAAUCGUUGGCCUCCUCAGUGA